UUUUUUUUUUUUUUUUAUUCCAUCCUCUGAAACAGCCACGGCCGAGCAAGAUGAGUGGCAAUGACGAUAUGGAUGAUCCAGAGCUCAUAGCAGCUAUUGCAGCUUCAUUAGAAGACUCCCAGGGCUCUGCACGCUCGCACGAUCCUACUUCUUCCAAGCAACAAGAUGUCGUCGAUCUGACUGCUGACUCAGAUGACGGGGAUGAAGUGGUAGAAGUCUACCCAAAAUCUCAGUCUGUGGUUGGAUCAGAGACUGAAGAUGGGGACGAUUAUGAUGAAGACUUGGAAAGAGCGAUACAGAUGUCCAUGCAGAGUGCACCAGAGAAGGUCGAAGAUAGUGAUGGGGAUGAAGUUGUCAAAAUGUCGACGAAGAAGGGCGACUCUCCUAAGCCAGUUUCUGUUGAGGGUGACAAGAAACCGUCUCAAGCUCAGAAGGAAGAACAGCCUACGCAAGGACAGAAGCCAUCUUCGACAGGAAUAAUGGGUCUAGAUCGAAAUAAAAUGGAGGAAGAGCGUCUUGCUCGUCUUGCGAAGAGAAAAGCAGACACUUCGCCAGAUCAGCGUGAAACAAAGCAAUCGCGAACAGAGUCUCCAAAGGGCAAGAGACCAGGCACUAAGAGUCCUCGCAAAUCGCCUACCCCCAAACCAGAACCUCGCAAGGAACCUAAGGCCAAAAGUGCCGAAACCCCAACGCCCACACCCUGCGUUCAGUUUCCUGCCGGCGCGAUCAAGAAAACGUGGAACGCCAAUGCUCGGAGGUCAGGCGACGAUAUCAAAAUCAACGAGGUAUUCCAAGCGUCAGACUUAGAGCUGGCCGUUCUGAGCUCGUUCAUGUGGGACAUGGAUUGGGUGUUUUCGAACCUUGACACGAAAAAGACGCGCUUUCUACUGAUUAUGCAGGCCAAAGAAGAGUCGACGAGACGACAGUACGAGGCUGAAACGGCUAUGAUGCCAAAUUUGCGAUUGUGCUUCCCCUCCAUGGAAGGACAGGUGAACUGCAUGCAUUCAAAGCUCAUGCUACUUUUUCAUCCUGGAUACGUUCGGAUCGUCGUUCCAACUGCGAAUCUCACAUCUUUCGAUUGGGGACACGGUGGAACAAUGGAAAACUCCGUUUUCCUCAUCGACCUUCCUAAGAAAACCAGCGGCAACGAGGACACAAAGAUGGCAUUCUACGAAGAGCUGGUAUACUUUCUCAAGGCUAGCACCCUGCACGACAAUAUCAUCACCAAGCUCGACAAUUUCGACUUUAGCCAGACGGCUAAAUACGCCUUUGUGCAUACCAUCGGCGGAGCGCAUACGGGAGAGUCCUGGCGACGAACAGGAUACUGUGGAUUAGGACGAGCCGUGAACUCGUUAGGAUUACGGACUUCUAACCCGCUGAAAAUUGACUACGUGACCUCCUCCCUCGGAUCUCUAAACGACGACUUUCUCCGAUCCAUCUACCUCGCCGCGCAAGGCGACGACGGUCUUACGGAAUACACGGCGCGAGCCACCAAAUCCAAAUCUACCCCCGACUCCAAGACCCACGAAUGGAAAGACGAUCGCCUACGGGUGUACUUCCCCUCUGAACAAACCGUGAAAGAAACAUAUGGCGGCCCCAACUCCGCCGGCACGAUCUGCUUCCAGUCGAGUUGGUUCAAUGGGCCCAAGUUUCCGAGCGGCAUACUCCGGGAUUGCGCUAGUGCGAGGAGGGGUCUUUUGAUGCAUAAUAAGAUUAUGUACGUACGACCAGACGAACCGAUAUCCCGACAGAAUAGCAACACCAGCGGCAGCACCUGUCCAGCAUGGGCAUACAUCGGAAGCGCCAAUCUAUCAGAGAGUGCCUGGGGCCGCCUCGUCCAAGACCGCACCAGCACCAUCAAAUUAAACCCCAAACCCCCAAAACUCAACUGCCGGAACUGGGAGUGCGGGGUUAUCGUUCCUGUUUCCGAGUCCGAAAAGAAACCCGAUGACGAGGUUAAAGAGGGCGGCGGGAUGUUAGAUGUCUUCCGCGGCACAGUGCCUGUUCCUAUGAGUGUUCCUGGGAAGAAGUAUGAGGGUGAUGCUCGAUUGAAGCCGUGGUAUUUUAUGGAGGGUAUGAGUUCUGGGUUUGGGUUUUGAUGUGAGGACUCAUGUACAACGUAAUAGCAUAGAUAUCCAUACGCACAUUCCAUUAGCAUGAACUUGGUAUGAGAUAAUGGCAUCCCAUUUCAAAAAGAAUUCCGAAGCGAAAACACUUA